UUGAAUCAUAUUUUGACGUUGGAGCAGAUUGUUCUAAUUUUAAAACUUGUGUUUAAAACUGUUUUUCCGUUUUUACCAAAAAUUAUUAAAAUAUAUCAGAAGAAAAUGGAAAAUCGUGAGGAAUUAGUGAGUUGGCUUCGAGAAAUGGGUUAUACGGGGGAAAUGCCCGAAUCGUUUGUAGAGAUUCAUAACAAUUCAACUUCAUUUGUUUGGGAACAGUUAAUGCAAACAGUAUGCCCGAAAGAUAAAGCCGUCAAUAUUAAAAGAAAUAUCAUUUUGAACCGGCUAAAAAAUAAAGGUCUUGAAAGACAGGAUGAAUACGUUUAUAAAAUUAAGGAUAUUGAAGUUUUUCGUAAAAAAUUAGAGCUGCAAAACAGGUUAACAUUACUUAGAGAAGCUGCUGAAGAAAAACAGACCAAACUUCAAAAUUUGUCUCAAGGCUGUAAAUUGAAAGAGGUGUCUAUUGAUUUUUUAAAAAACAAAAUCGAUAGAAACGAGGAAAGAAACUAUUUAUUGGACUUAAAAAAGGAAAAGUUGCAAAUACAAAACUCGGAAGCAGAAGAAACAUUGUCGAGAUUCAAAAAUGUCACUCCUGUUGAAAUGGAAUCCAGUAAUAGUUCAAAGGAAAUUACAGAAACCCUCGAAAAAUGCGCGCAGAAACUUGGAGAAAUACUAACAGAUAAUCUAAAGUUGUCGAAAGAAAAUAACAUGCAAAGUACGUUUUACACAAUCAAAAAAAAAUCGAAACAAAGCAAUACGUCCUCGAUAGCUUCCUAUAUGGCGCUAAGAGAAAAAGAAGAUUUCUCAGAAAUUACACGCAGUUGCGUUAAAAACAUUCAAAAUAAAGAAAAUAUUUCACCCACUGAAGUCAAGAGAAAUUUGUUUAACAUUCCAAAAAUUAUAGUCGAAGAUGUUACAAAACCUGAAACUACUGUGGUUGUUGAAACAAAGCCGAAAAAUAGGGAAUCAUUAGGAUUGCUUUCUGAUUUAGGGGACUUGAACGAUAGUUUUUCUGAUUUUUGCAAGCCUCUGUCUUUGAUGAACAAGUUAGAUGCAUCCAAUGUCGAGGUGUUUGAUAAAACGAUGCAAAGUUCUGAGUCGAGCGACUCGGUUGUUUUUAAUUAUAAGUCUCAAAUUGAGCAUUCGAAAGGAAUUAAAGCUUAUACUAAGUUAAUAAAAGAUGUGUAUUCUGAUAAGGUUUUAAACGAAACUUUACACAGCUUGCUGGCUGUGAAUAACAGGAAGUUGCUUUAUGAUCACGUGCAGAAAAUGAUGGAGAAUUUAAAGGUGCAAUUCACAAAAAUGGUGUCGGUGCAGAACGCCGUUAACAGUGGUAAACAAAAAUUAAAUCAGGAAGAUAUAGCCAAACUGCAAUUUAUCCAUAUUCAAACUGAACUCAAAAUAAUCCAACAGAAACGAACUUUAAAAAGUUUAGUAGCGAAUAUAGUCAGAAAAAAGACAGAAAUAGUGAAUUUCACACCGCUCAAUGAUGAAACAAUAAACGAGGAGACUUUAGAUUUGGUGAUAAAACAUAUAACUUUAGAUGCCAAUCUGAAUGCUAUGAAAAAAGAAAUAAAUGCAUCUGAUAUUGAAAAGAUUGAUGAACUAGAUUUACAAAUUGUCCAAUCGAAAAUAUUUAAAGUAAAAAAUGACAUAGCUGCCAAUAUACAUCUGAUAGAGUGUGCAAUGUCAGAACUAAAGAAUUCCCUGAAAUCUUUGGUAUCCAUGAAAGAGAAGGCUUCGGCACCAUUGUGGCAUUUGAGAAUGUUCAAAACCGAUUCUGAUUGGAUGCAGCCUCUGUUAGAAAACCGCUGGUUAGAGGAAAUGCAGGUUUUCAGAACAUUUCCCAUGGAAUACCAGAGACAGUGUACUUUUACAGAUGGUAAAACGUUUUACAGAGAUUUAUGCAUUGAUAACUAUCCAGAAGACAGCAAUAUGGAACCGGAACACUUGCAAAUGUUGUGCGAAAUUCUGGAAAGUCCGUUCAGUCCUCCCGAAACUGUCCUGUUGAACAUCAUCAAAGCCAAAAAGAAACUGGAAAUCUUGAGAACAUUGCAAAAUCGCAAUGUCCACAUACCUCAUAGAAACUACUCUUUCGAUGACCUACGCAAAGAAGAAAGCUACCUAGUCUACGCCGUGGAACGUCUAAAAUCGAUAAUGUACUCUACAAAAGCUGCCAAAACUUUGGCUGUAGGUAAUAUGACCGAGCAAUGCAUGGAACUGUGGACUGAAAUGCCAAUGAAAGACUUCAUUUCAACCAAACGGACAUUUGAAGGUCGAACUUAUGAAUUCUAUCAGGCUAAGCUUAAAACUUUACUUUAAUAAUGAUUCGUUUUUUGCUUAAUUUUUGCUGUUUUCUAUUUUUAUAUUUUAUUUAAUAAAAAGUCUA